CGGGAGAGGCACUUGAUCCUCAGUCCGACGCCCGCAGACUCCACAUUUCGUCAACACUCAAAAUUCUCUCUUCCAAAACCUCUCUCAAUGGCCGGAAACCUAGUUGGUUUUCUGGUACUACUUCUUGUGGUUUCGAUCUGCCAAGCUGCGACCGUUUUCCAGCCGAUCUCAGAUUCGCAUCGAUAUGCAGCUCUGGAGCUCUUCCGGCCUACUUAUGGAGCAUUUGGAAGUCUGGAAGAGACACAUGAAGCACUAAGAACAUUUGACAUUCUUGGAAUUAAAGAGAAGCCUGACAUAAAUACGGUCACUUGCAAGUCUGUGUCAGAGGUUCUUGGUUCAUCUGAAGUACUAAAGGAUCUGUUAUAUGCUCUGAAAGUUAACAAUGACCUGAAAUGUGAAAUUCAGGAGGAGAUUUAUGAGAGCGUUACUUCAAGACUUAGAUCAGUUCUGAAUGAUGCGCGGUCACUGCUUGACUUCUACUAUUCUAUAGGAAGUUUAUUACUUCUAAAGGAACGAAGUUCUGAAGUUGAUCUAACACUUAAAGACGCUGAUGGUAUUUUCCAUUCAAUCAAGGCAUUGAGCCAAAGCGAUGGAAGGUGGCGCUACAGUUCUAAUAAUCCUGAAUCUAGUACCUAUGCUGCUGGGUUGGCACUUGAAGCUCUUGCUGGUGUUGUAUCGUUAGCAUCCUCUGAUAUUGAUCAAAAUACGAUUGGAACUGUAAAGAAUGAUAUACUGAAACUUUUUGACAGUAUUGAGAAAUAUGAUGAUGGAGCUUUAUAUUUUGAGGAGAAAGUUGUUGAUGCAAAUGAACAUCAGGGGCCUCUUGCAACUACAUCGUCAGUUGUUCGAGGGUUGACAGCAUUUACUGCUGCUACUACAGGAAGUUUAAAUCUUCCUGGGGAUACAAUUUUUGGUCUGGCAAAAUUCUUCCUUGGCAUUGGGAUUCCCGGCGAUGCUAAAGACUUGUUUAACCAAGUAGACUCCUUGGCUUGCUUGGAGACGAAUAGGGUUUCAAUUCCGUUGAUUUUAUCUCUUCCAGCUACUGUUCUUUCAUUAACGAAGGAAGACCAACUAAAGGUUAGAGUGAAUACUGUGCUUGGUUCGGCUGCACCUCAUUUAACCGUGAAGAUAGUAAGAGCUUUGCUCUCUGGUUCAAAAGAUGCUUCCAUCAUCGAGGGCCAGGAACUCAAGUUUGAUCCUCAGACUGGGUUACAUAUCUUGGAUGUUUUUCCCAAGAGCUUUGAUGUUGGAAACUAUGAGUUUGUAUUUGAGAUUGUUCUUCAUGAUUCAGAGCACAAGGAUAUUUAUACCACUGGUGGGCAGACUCGAGUGCCAAUAUAUAUCACAGGAGUUGUCAAAAUUGAAAACGCAGAGAUUGCAGUUCUUGAUAGCGAUCUAGGGAGUAUUGAGACCCAGAAGAUGCUUCAUUUAGCUGGUGAGAGUGUUGUUUCAUUGUCGGCAAACCACCUACAGAAAUUGCGUCUGUCAUUUCAACUGGCCACACCACAAGGACACGGUUUUAAGCCGCAUCAGGCUUUUCUCAAGUUGAGGCAUGAGAGUGGUGUUGAACAUGUCUUUGUGGUUGGAGGCUCUGGCAAACAGUUUGAAAUAAUUCUAAACUUUCUUGGGUUGGUCGAGAAGUUUUUCUAUCUCUCAGGUCAAUAUGACAUUCAGUUGACUGUUGGUGAUGCCAUCAUGGAGAAUUCUCUCUUAAGGGAUAUUGGUCACGUUGACUUGGAUCUACCUGACGCACCAGAGAAGGCACCUCGUCCACCUCUACAGCCCAUCGAUCCUUACACACGCUAUGGACCCAAAGCCGAAAUAACUCACAUAUUCAGGGCUCCGGAAAAGCGCCCACCUAAGGAGCUCUCUCUUACUUUCUUGGGUCUCACAUUUUUGCCAUUCCUCGGAUUUUUGGUCGGGCUACUGCAAAUGGGCGUGAACCUGAAGAACUUCCCGACUUCAGGAGUACCUGCCACGUUCGCCUCCCUCUUCCAUCUGAGCAUUGCAGCAGUCAUCUUGCUUUACACACUUUUCUGGUUGAAGUUGGAUCUGUUUACAACAUUGAAAGCACUGGGCAUCAUGGGGGUUUUGUUGGUGUUUAUGGGACACAGGACCCUUUCCCAUAUUGCUUCAACUUCAGCCAAGUUGAAAUCUGCCUGAGGAGAUCUUUGGAGGAUGAGGAAACACUACUUUUUUAGGAAAUUUUGGUUUGAAAAUGUAUUUUUUUAUGGCUGAAUCCAGAUUUUGUUCACUCACUGAUAAAUUAUGUGUAGACAUUGCUCAGCUCACACUUUGAUUAGCUAAUUUUAGAGAAUGUUGAGUACACUUGUUGGCUUUUCAAUAAGUUUAAAACUUGUUUGGUUA